ACCGAUCACACUGUGUUCAGGAUAUUGUUCGAUAGUUCUCUGCAUUAUUAAAGGACUCCAUCCUAAAUCGCUUUCUUUUCUUUUUUUGUUUUCUUUCAUUUUUGCCGCGUAGGCGUUAUUUCAAUUACGGCUCAACAUGUGAAACGUAAAGAGAGUAUGCAAAUUUCGAGAAAAGCCCUUCUUUUCCCCUCUUAAUUAAUUGAAAAAAAUUACGAGGAUCUCACAAGCUUUGAGCAGUACGAAGCCAAAAGGUAAUGCCCAAGUUUUGACAAUUCGUAGCUGGUUUGCAUUAAAUUACUCAAAAUUGUGCAGUUUUUAUCACAUAUAUGUUAAAAAUAAGCAUGCCUUGAUAUGUUGUUAUUAAAUGGGAGACACCUGUCGUUAACGUUGCAGACGAGACUGCAGUCAAAUAUUGACCCUUCCGCCUUGUUUGAAGCCAAACCGCUAAUAACUGUGACAGAAGCAAUUAUAAAUAACGAGAUGUCGAGAAAACGUUCGAUAUUGUUCUUUUUUUUUUUUUUGGUGGCGAAUUUUAAAUUUUCCGAAUCGAGCAUUAGAAUACUUACGUGUAUUCAUGGUCUAACAGUACUGAAAAUUGAAUGGUUACCGAAUAUCUAACGUUGCUUAGCAGGUAUUCGCAAUCGAUAUAUUAAUUACGCUUAUUGGACAUCGCGACAAACUUCUAAUCUUUGUUUGCUACAGCUGUCACAGAAACUUUCAGAGUGGAAGAGAAUUUUGAGUGUUGCACUUUGAGUACAAAAUCAAUUCUUAUCGAAUCGAAUUAUUUCAACCCAACGAUUGGCCCGAAUUGCAGAAAACAUUGAGCAUUACCAUAUUUCAGUCAUGAUCCAAUUGUCAGGACUUGGCAAUACAAGCACCACAGAAAUGAAGUUAAAGGGCUUUUUUUCAAUUGCACUGGCUUUGAGUUUGGUUGCAAUCGUGGGAAUGAUUGUUUAUACCUCCAAACAAACCGUAGGAGACAUGAUCAGGUUCAGUGAAAUCAGUGACUUUCAUUUAUCAUCUGAAUUUUUCACCUACAACUCGAAACUUCACGAUUAUACAGCACAAAAAAGCACAACUCGAAAGCCUUUCGUUUAUCUCACGGAGACAGAGCAAUGCCUUCCUCAAAACUUGGCCUCUUCUUCUCAGAUUGGCGAUCCCGAGACCUGCAACUGUGAUGUGAUUGUGCUAAGUUUCAUAGCCAAGUGCCAAGAUAACAAACAAUCACACAUCACUUAUUUGUUUGAUCCGAACACCCUGUUUGCAUCAGGACGGAAUGUGCUCUUUUUUGCCGCAAUGGAUAGAAGACCAGGCUAUCAUUAUUACAUAUUUAUAAACGACGACACGAUUCUCAAGUUCAACGAGUUUACACCCGCCAACAUCACUAAGAUGUCGCCGUUCCGAGCUGUAGAAGAGUGGCUGCUAGAUUACGAGCCAGCAGUGGGUGUGUUGGAUUACAAGGUCCAUCAUGGCGCAAGCACUGUCAUAAAGAAAAGGAGAGAUUUAUGUGGUAUAAAUGAAUCAUCUCUCAUGUCGCCGUUCCGAGCUGUAGAAGAGUGGCUGCUAGAUUACGAGCCAGCAGUGGGUGUAUUGGAUUACAAGGUCCAUCAUGGCGCAAGCACUGUCAUAAAGAAAAGGAGAGAUUUAUGUGGUAUAAAUGAAUCAUCUCUCGUUCUUCCUACCGUGUUUUACGACGCCAUCUUCAACGCUUUCCACUACGAAGCUGUUGCACAUAUCCUUCCCUAUCCAACGCAAUACGAACGCGUGUGUAUGUUUGCCAGUAACAGAGACACCAUGAUAGCUGUCGAAGUCAAAUUUGGCGGCCAAGCACUUUUGUUUUCUCCCGUCACAGCUGGCAAUCCCAAACAUCGAAAGUAUGACAGGUCUAGGACAAAUUUCACGGAAAUAUCGCGUGAAUUUAUAGCGAGGAUCAAACAAGAGGCGCCACCAGUGCUAAGAAAUCACGUCAUUUUCGAAAUGUUACACGCGAAUCCAAAGCGUUAUCUUAACAGUGAAUCGCGCUCGUUUUGUGUCAAUGUAACUCGGCACCAGCCCAUUAUUCCUUACAGGCACUUGCUGAAAGGUAUUUGA